AUGAUUCCCACACCACUCAUCGCCCCGCACAGCAGUAUCAACAUCAAGACCGAUCGUCGCGACUUCUACGACAGAUGCAGCCGGAAGGAGCUCGCAUCCUUCAUCAAGUCGCGGACGGGCCAUAAGGUGCUCCCGAUAUAUAUGUCAAAGCAAUUGCGUGGUCGACUCUUGGCACUCGAUCGAAAUGCCACUUUCCGCUUCUUGGACUUGCCAGCGGAGCUCAGACUCGAGAUCGAGGAGGAACUCCUUGGGCAUAAUCGCCCAACCAAGAAGCUGCACUGGCAGAUACUUGGUGUGUCCCAGAUGAUCAACAAGGAGGCAUCUCCGAUCUUUAGAGAGGCUGUCAACGGCGGCAAAAUCCACCUUGUGCGCAUUCGCUCCAACAAGAUCCACGGAGACGAUUCGAUUGCGACGUGCAGCCGAACGUUUUGCAGAGGUGCCUCCGUGUUACCCUUCACCACCAUUCAGACCGGCAACAGCAACGCACGCCCACCAUCACCGAAUGGUCGGACUUGCAAGGAGCUUGCCGCCAUGCCGCCUGUCUCAGAUGAAGCAAGAUACAUGGUCAUCAACAUCGACUUUGAAAGUCCAUGCCAGGGUGACGGUUGUGAACCCGACCAAUUCAAGCCUGACGAGUUAAUUUACCGUCACCUCUAUCUACUUGCAACUCAGAUAAGGACCUCAAACAUCGAAAAAGUGUCUCUCCGCAUCAUCACGGGUAAGCACAUCUUGGCAGAAGAAGGAGUCUGGAAGAUGCUCUGGCCACUCACACGACUUGGCCGACGGGUUCAGAUCACCAUCAACGGCAUCAGCAACCAGAACUUUCGAGAUCUGAACAAGGAGCAAGUUCGCUGCUCGUACGCCUACACCGCGCUCUCCGAAGUACAAUAUAUCAAGGAUGAGGCCCAAAGGCUCGCGGAAAAGGUCCGCCAGGCUGGCUUAAGCAACACUGGUGUCAUGUUCCUACCGAUACUAAUCGAGGCUACUCUAGAAAAGCGAAGUCUCGGCUUCUGCCCUCUCUCGUGUGACGAAGGUGUGAAGGUCAGCAUUCGCCAGAUGCAGGACAUCCUUGGCUGCCAGAAGUGGAUGAGCCUGAGACGUCAGGCGGAGCAGAUCCUGGUAGAAGCUGGAGAGACUUAG